AUGCGGCUUAUCAACACUGACACACACCUAUUUGAGGAGGUUUUAGGGCGCAAUAUACCGGAUUAUGCCAUCCUGUCACACACGUGGGAAGAGGAGGAAGUGUCCUACGCAUAUUAUGCCGAGAGCAAGCGUCCGCGCAAGAAGGGGUUCGCGAAGAUCUACAAAACAUGCGAGCUGGCCGCUAAAGAACACAUUCCAUAUGCAUGGGUUGAUACGUGCUGCAUCGACAAACGCAGCAGCGCUGAACUUACAGAAGCCAUCAACUCGAUGUUUCGAUGGUACCAGAGGGCGAAGGAAUUGAUUGCUCCUCAGGAAGUGAAAUUUUUUGACUCUUCAUGGAACUACAUAGGUAAUACAACUGACGAAAUGAGGGGCCUGUUCGAUGUCAACAUGCCACUCAUGUAUGGCGAAGAAGAGAAGGCCUUCCGGCGACUACAGGAGGAGAUCAUAAAGCAUACAUCCGAUCUGAGCAUAUUUGCUUGGACUGCUCAAUUCCAUUCGAUCCAUGGAUCUCAAGAUCACGUCUACAGCAGCGUCUUGGCCAGCAGCCCUAAUUACUUCUCUUAG